UCCAACUUCCUGCCACAGCUAAAAAUGAGAAGUCCUUUACCUCACUGACUCACAGUUCCCUCUACUCUGUAUGGCCAUCACCACCAGCAUUUGUUCGUCACCAAACCAACCACCAAUUCUCCCAACACUUUCACUCCCAACCAUCCCAUUCACACCACUCAAAACCCACCACCCUCUCCAACUCCACUUGCCUUUUCCCUCUUCUUCCUCCAAAUCUGGUGGCAAUUUAGUCUCCAAUGACGCAUUGGCCGUUGCAGCAGCUGCCGAGGCACUGGUCCUGGCCCGGGCUGCCGUGGAGGCGGCCAUAGACGCUGUGGCGGUGACGGAAGACAUUGGUGAGGUUUGGAGUUGCAGGGAGAGUGGGAAUGAGAGUGGUGGACUGGUGGCGAGGAGGAAGAGGAGGAGGAAAAGGAGAAAAGGGUUGGAGGCUUUGGAUGAGGAGAUGAAGAGGGAUGUUGAAGAUGGAAUGGUGUCAUUUGAGUUUGUGAGAUAUGAACAUCUGAGCCCAAGAGAAGAAGCAGAAUGCUGUCUGAGUCUCAAGGAGGGAGCAAGACUAGAAUCAGAAAGGUUCAGAGUUGUAGAAGCUCAAAAGCAUGAGCCAACCUCAAAACAGUUGGCCAAGGCAAUGGGAAUGAAGAUGAGAAGUAUAGAUAAGGUGCUUUGUAAGAGAAGAGAGUCACAAGAAAAGAUCAUCAGGAGCUACCGGGGACUUGUUGUCUCUGUUGCCAGCAGUUAUCAAGGGAAAGGAUUAAGCUUUCAAGACCUCAUUCAGGAAGGGAGCAUUGGUCUUCUUCGAGGGGCAGAAAAGUUUGAUCAUGAGCGAGAAUGGAAGUUAUCAACAUAUGUGUACUGGUGGAUUAGGCAAGCUAUUAUCAGAGCCAUAGAAAACAAGUCUAGAAUAAUCAGAUUACCAGGACACGUGUGCGGCAUGAUGGCAAAAAUCACAAAAGCUCAAAAUUCCUUGAACCAAAGAUUUCAGCGGCUGCCUAGCCAUGAUGAAAUUGCUGAAGUGAUCAAAGUGAAUGCUUCAACCGUAAAGCUUGUUUGUGAGAGGAGCAGACCCCCAAUUUCAUUGGAUAGAGUGGCAACUGUUCGAGGUUCCAUGACACUGCAGGAGAUCAUACAAGGGCCAGAGGAGAUGAUGCCAGAAAAGAUGCUUAUAAGGCAGCUAAUGAAGCAAGAGGUCGAGAAGCUUCUGAAGACGCUGAGUGAUAGAGAAGCAAAUGUAUUGAGAUUACACUUUGGACUCAAUGGAGAGAGCCCUCAGUCUUUUGAGGAGAUAGGAAGACUGUUAAAGCUUUCGCGGGAGAGGGUUCGACAGAUAAAUGGAAUUGCAUUAUCAAAAUUAAGGCAGACUAGUAUUUUGGACAAUCUAAAAUUGUAUAUUGUAUAGCUUUUCUAUCAUGUUAUGAACAGAUAAAGGAAAUAGAGAAAGGUAAAUAGCAUGACGAGAAAAAAGAAUAUACCUUUUUUAAUUGCAUCAGUUGUUUGAUAUUAGGUAUUGAAGAAAAAGAAAGAAGAGAAAUGGUUUUCUAUAA